CACACCGGCUACACUUAUUAGGUCCGAGGCCCUCAUUCUUAUUACAUCAAUCUAGCCUAACCCGGACUCCUUUAUGCAGCAUUCCGAAGUAGCGGCUGAUACCUAGAAGCUGCAGGUUGGGCGGGAAUUCUGCUCAUGAGCUUGCGCCCUACUGGAACUCUCCCCUCUCCUCAACUUGCCACAUACCCGGAGCUUUAGUUCGUCUGAUGUUACUUUAUCCCUGGCUAUCGAAUUCGGUUUUCCGUUUAUCUCUAGGUCGACUCUCCCGUCCCUAGUACAACCGCUCCCCUGCAUUUGGUUACACGCGGGAAAUAGCCGUUUAAGUCAUAUCCAUUGAGACAUUCCUUCUCUACUGGCCCCGAGGCAUCUAUCUAAGUAAACAGCCCUCGCAGGCUGGUUGCAGGCGCCUCUGCCGCACCAUGAAGUUCGGUAAGCAAAUCCAGAAGCGCCAGCUUGAAGUGCCGGAAUAUGCUGCCAGCUUCGUGAAUUACAAGGCGCUCAAAAAGCUCAUCAAGAAGCUCUCUGCUACCCCGACUCUGAGCGCCCAAAAUGAUCCUCGCUUUACUCCCACACCGGUGGACACCCAACUUGCCUUGCAAGCGAACAAAGCCAAGUUCUUCUUCCAACUGGAACGAGAGCUCGAGAAGGUCAAUGUAUUUUACCUUCAGAAGGAAGCUGAACUGAAAGUCCGGCUUAAAACAUUACUGGAUAAGAAGAAAGUUCUGCAGUCCCGCCAAGGUGUAUCUAGACGGUCAGCCAAAUUCACAACGUUGGAAGAAGGGUUUCAGCAAUUUGCAAACGACCUGAAUAAACUUCAGCAGUUUGUUGAGAUAAAUGGGACUGCCUUUUCGAAGAUACUCAAAAAGUGGGAUAAGACCUCAAAGUCUAAGACUAAAGAGCUAUAUCUCUCCCGUGCUGUGGAAGUACAGCCAUUCUUCAAUGCCACGGUCAUCAGCGAACUUUCGGACCAAGCAACAACUAGCUUACAAGAGCUCGGGGCAUGGGCAGACGGGGAUCAUGUUCCAUUUGAAGCUCGGUCGGAACAUAUGGUGAGUAGCCAACACCUACUUGGAACAGAUGAAGGCGAUGCAGAUAGUCUAUUACUCGACACAGCCAUCAGCGGUAAUCUAGAGUCUCUGAGAGAUCUUGUGUCCAAAAUGAGAGCUGGUUCCAGUGCGCCAUCGGGGAGAGACAUCUCCUUGAUGGAAAGAGUAACUCGGACCUUUCUCGCUGCCAUCCACGAGGCACCGCAAGCUUCUCUGGAAGUCCUAUUGGAGACUGGGCUCGUUGACAUCCGAUCUGAAGAUGAUAUCAACGAGCGAAACUGCCUUCACCAAGCUACUAUCUACGGGAAUUCGUUUGUCCUGAAUGUCGGCCUUGCAGAAGGAGUCGAGGUUAGCAGAACAGACGUCUAUGGGCGCGUGCCACUGCACUACGCAAGCAUGCACGGGAGAUUGGACAUGCUUGAGCAGCUUCUCCAAGCCGAUCCAACAACAAUCGACCUGAUAGACCAUGACAAUUUUACGCCGUUAAUCCACGCUAUCAUCCACGGCCACAUCACUUGUGUGCACCGACUUCUCUCAGCUUCCUCCCGCUUAGACCCAAAGUCAGAGACGGACCAUAUACCACUGAAUCUCGCCUGCGAACAUGGGUCACUUGAUAUAGUUAAGCUCCUCCUGGAGCACGGUGCCCAGAUACUUCCUGAUGCCGAAGGAUUGUACCCGCAACAUCUUGUGGCUCGGUCGGGCCAGACACCUCAGCUACUUCGGUUGUUGCAGAGCUACGGCGCCGACUUGGACCAAAUUGACAAGCUUUACGGUUGGACGCCACUCGUACAUGCGGCAAGCGAAGGCAACGUGCCUUGCUUAGAAGAGCUGCUGAAUGUGGGCGUUGACCCGAAUAUAGUUGAUGAGAAAGAUUUGCCUGCGAUGUACUAUGCGGCGUGGGAAGGGCAUCUAGAAUGCAUACAAAAGCUUACGCCUUAUCAAAAGGGUAAAGCAGAAAGUCCACUGACGAUGCAAGCGACGGGUCCUCUCCUUGCCCCGAUGGGAAGUGGAAAUUCCCCUAUCCCUAUGUCUCUCGAUGCUGAUGCCAUUCCAAUCCUCGAGCUUCCACCGCCUAUAAUACCUCUAAGACGCUACGGCCAUAACUUUCUCGAUACGAAAACCGUAAUUCAAAUUAGCUUCCAGGAGGAGGGAGAGCACCCCUUGGUUUUCUUCCAUGACAGCAAAUACCCAGCCGCUCGACUAACCAUCUCCUCCAAAAUAUCCGACCUCAUCCCGAAGAAUAUCAUGCUACCCUUUCAGGAAGACACCCGGCUUGUAUCAUUCCAAGUCGACAAUCUUGAUACCUUUACCCUUGAUUUUGACGUUUUUCCUACUUACGGCGCGAAAAUAAUUGCAAAGACGGUUGCUCUUCCAAAUACGUUUCGGGCUUCUUGGAGCAGCUCAGGGAAAUGCUGUCUACCGUUGUUUGACCCUAGGCUUCGGGCUAUUGGCCAGAUCACGUUCAAUACUCAAGUCAUCAAGCCUUUCCAAGGCACUCCAUUGGAGAUCGCAGAUUUCGAGACUUACUGGAAGGCGACGAGUCAGCUAGAUCAAAACCCAACUAUGUUUGUCACUGGUUCGAGCUUGUCUGGUGACUUUGUUCAGCUAUAUGUUCAACAUACAAGCGAUGGUAUCCCCGUUGUAUGGCCGCGGUGGGUGAUACAAUGCGGCGGUAUUGAUGUAUCCAUCUCACGACUAUCAUACGAGCAAUUCUCUACGGUUACAGCGUCGAAUUUCGGUCGAAAUCAACUUCACAUGAUACCGUCGCACGGCCUCGAUAACAUUGCUGAGGUUCACCGAGCUUUGAACACCGCAGGAGUUUCUUUGGAGCAAGCCCUCUCUUUGCUCCCUAAUUCGAUGCACGUUGACCUGCAGAUUAUCUACCCGUCGGAAGAAGAGGAAAGAAAGCUCGGAUUAGGACCGACUGUGAACGUAAACAGCUUUGUAGAUUCUAUACUAACUGUAGUAUUUGACCACGCGAGGGAACAACGAGCGCAGACGAUGUCGGCCCCUGAUACUGUUAGGUCGGUGGUUUUCAGUUCUUACAACCCGACGAUCUGUACAACAUUGAACUGGAAGCAACCUAACUUUCCCGUUUUCCUAUGCAAUGAUCUUGGCCGGGAAGACGUUAUGUUGUCGCCGAGUGUGAUUCAGAGCAGUGGGCGAAGGAGGUUUUCGGUUAAAGAGACGGUGAGGAUAGCGCAGAGCAACAACUUUAUGGGGCUUGUCUGUUGUUCUCGACUAUUGAACAUGGUCCCUGCGCUCGUGGAUGCGAUAAAAUCGCAUGGGUUAGCGUUGGUAGUAGACAAAUCGGCCGAGCAGGCGACGGAGUCGCAUAUGCCUACCGAUGCCUUGCCCGUUCCUAAGGGAGUUGACGGCAUAUUGAAGGGUAAUGGGGUCUUGAGAUUCAAUGAGUCUAUAGAUGUAUAGACAAAAACUAUGGUUGGAAUUACAUGUUGGUGGUCGUGGGGCUAUUCCUUCGUCCCCUUUGGGAGGUUUUUUUUUAUUUUUUUUAUUUUUUUAUUCUUUUCUUUUAUAAAAAGAUAUAUAUAUAUAUAUAAGGAUGGGCUGCAGAGCUCGGCUUUA